CUAGCCAUGCUAAAAGCAGUCACGGUCAGCCGUCAGCGCAAGCCAAGUGCUGUACCCUGUACGAAAGCACGCUCUCCUCUCUCCCGUCUCACCAUUCCACAGGUCGCCGCAACCCGCAACAAACGAGCUGCAGUGCAGUGCAACUGUGGAAGGCUGCAACUGCAAGAAAAAAGGGGAAAAAAAAAAGAAAGAAAGAACGGAAGAGAAGGCCGCCGGCCGUCAGAACAGGAACGGGAACGGAACGGUCAGCGGCCCUUUCAACGGGAGACCCCGGCAGCACGGCAUCCGUUCCCGUUCCCUUUUAUUCAGUCCCGUCCUUUCCAUUGACCGUCCACAUCCUCCCCCCUCCUCCACCCGCUGCCACACCAUCCGUCGCCGUCGCCGUCGCCCCGCUCGCCCUCGGGUUGACUUGACUCCUCCUCCUCCUCGUCCUCUCUCUGUAGUUGUACAUACACCUCCCCGCCCUCCGCCUCACCACUCCAUUUCCGUCUUCUUCCUCCUCUCUAUCUCUCUCCUCUUGGAUUUGUCAGGUUCUUUACCACGGCGGUUUGAUCGGAUCCCCAAUCCUGGGUUCCGGUGGCUCUCGAGCACAGCGGCGGUCGGGACCGGCGAAGAAGCGGCUUUUCGCUGCGGAGGGAGUGCGAAAAAGGAGAAUUGGCUGGGUAAUGAAAAGCUUUGGGAAAAGGAGAAUCGAUCUUCAACCAUGAUGUGACUUCCACAGUCAGGGAAGAAAAUCACCUCCACUGAUUUUAUAGAAGACGUUGAAUAUAUAGUCUACAAAAUGAUGGCUGCUGAGUUAAUUAAGCAGUUUUCAAACAUCACCCUGGGAGAAGAACAGGAGUUAUGUGAUAUUGAGCAUGCACUCAAGGCACUGCGGAAGAAGAUUCUUACUUUGGAUUUUGAAAAUUCCAUGCGUGUUCAUGAUCCGCAAAACUCAUUUCAGUACUUGGAAGUGCUGUACAAAAUUCGGCAGCUGACUGAAAGGUUAGGGAGCUUACACCCUGGUGGGGAAGCCAAAGAGCAUAAUGAGCUCAUAGUAUAUGCUGGCGACCUUUUUGAUAUGGCAAUGGCAAGGCUUGAAGAGGAAUUUGUUUAUCUUCUUACGCAUUACAAACAACCAAUAGAACAAGGACUUGUUUCUUUCCGGUCUACAGAGGAUGGCAGUGUGGAUGAUUUUUCAAGCAGCUCAUUCAAUGAGGAACAAUGUGACGGUAAGACAACACAGACUGAAACUACUGGAGGAUCAGAAUAUUUUGCGACUGAUUUGAUUCAACAUGGUGCACUCUCUGCUGUCAAGUCCAUUGCCAACUUCAUGUUUCUGAGUGAAUAUGAUAAGGAGUGUUCCCAGGCUUACAUAAGCACACGACAGAGUGCAGUAGAUGAGAACCUUGGGUCUCUUCGUAUUGACAAGCUCAGCAUGGAAGAACUUUUGAGCACCAACUGGACCAAGUUAAGUUCAUUGAUAAAGAGGUGGAAUCGUGCAAUGAAGGUCUUUGUCCAAGUCUACCUUACAAGUGAGAAGCGCCUUAGCAAUCAUGUCUUUGGUGAACUUUCAGAAUCAACCGCAGACUUGUGUUUUUAUGAGAUUUCAUUGAGCUCAGUCAUGCAACUUCUGACCUUUUAUGAAUCUGUAGCAAUUGGACCUCCUAAACCAGAAAAGCUUUUCCGUCUGCUUGAUAUGUAUGAGGUCUUAAAUGAUUUACUCCCUGAAGUAGAAUUCUUGUUUCAAGAAGGAUGUGAUGAUAUAGUUUUGACUGAAUAUAAUGAAGUCCUGCUACAGCUGGGAGAAUCAGUAAGAAAAACAAUUACAGAAUUCAAGUAUGCUGUCCAGUCCUACACUUCAUCCAAUGCAAUGGCCCGUGGUGAAGUGCAUCCCCUUACAAAGUAUGUUAUGAACUAUAUAAAAGCUCUCACAGCUUAUAGCAAAACUCUUGAUUCGCUUCUAAAGGACACAGAUCGAAGAUGCCAGCAUUUCUCCACUGACAUUCAGUCUAUGGCAAACCAAUGUCCUCAUUUUACUGUCAGUGCAUUGCAUUUGCAGUCAGUUACUGCAAUUCUAGAAGAAAAUCUUGAAGCUGGGUCCAGAUUAUAUAGAGAUGAUCGAUUACGAAACAUCUUUAUGAUGAACAACAUCUACUACAUGGUCCAGAAAGUGAAAAACUCAGAGCUUAAAAUCUUUCUUGGUGAUGACUGGAUCCGGGUGCACAAUCGGAAGUUUCAGCAGCAAGCGAUGAGCUACGAGAGGGCAUCGUGGAGUCAUGUUCUCUCUUUUCUGAGUGAUGAUGGCUUGUGUGCUGCUGGGGAUGGUGCUUCUCGUAAAAUCAUUAAAGAGAAAUUCAAAAAUUUCAAUCUGUCAUUUGAAGAUGCUUAUCGAACUCAAACAGGAUGGUCUAUCCCAGAUGACCAACUCCGUGAAGAUGUCAGGAUUUCGAUAUCCCUGAAAAUUAUACAGGCCUAUCGUACUUUCACGGGACGAUACUAUAGCCGCCUUGAUGGCACUAGGCACCUAGAGCGAUACAUAAAGUAUAAGCCUGAGGAUUUGGAGAAACUUUUGCUCGAUCUUUUUGAAGGAGCUCAAAAAACAUUGUAGCUUGCAGAGUGUAGAACUUAAAACACAGUUAUUCUUGAUGAAAUGUGCAGUUGUAAUAUUUGGUUUGUAUUAAGUAAAAUGGUAUAGUUGGUGAUUAUUUUUAUAUGCUGUUUUCCUGAAGUUAACCAGUUCAAUUUUCCCUGCU